UUCUAAAUAUGAAUCUCAACAAUGUAUUUUUUUUCUUAGAGAUUAUCAUCAAAGUAGGGAUUCUUGUUGCUUGUGAAAUGGGUGAAAUAAGUUAAUGGAUAAGGGAAUCUGUCAAGGGUUUUUGUGGUGAGCGAGUGAGCGAGCAGCUAGCUAGUUUAUUACUUCUAAAGAGAGAUUCAUAAGAUGGAAGUCCAAAAAAUGUUUGAGGUUUUCUGUAAAGCUUUCAAUAAGAUUAAACCAUACUUGGCUAUGGUUUCUUUGUCAUUUGGUUAUGCUGGGAUGUAUAUUAUUACGAUGCUUUGUUUGAAACGUGGUAUGAGUACCUACGUACUGGUUGUUUACCGUCAUGCAGCUGCCACCAUUGCCAUUGCUCCUUUUGCGUUGUAUUUCGAAAGGAAAACAAGGCCAAAGUUGACGCUCCCUAUUUUCUUCAAGAUAAUGUUGCUUGGCUUCUUAGAGCCAGUGUUUGAUCAGAACUUAUAUUAUCUUGGGAUGAAGUACACAUCAGCAACUUUUGCUUCUGCGAUUGUUAACAUUCUUCCUGCGGUCACCUUCAUCAUGGCAAUUUUAUUUCGGUUAGAGAAAGUAAAUAUUAAGAAUAUUCAUAGCAUAGCGAAGAUUGUUGGAACCAUGGUCACUUUGGGUGGAGCCACAUUGAUGACAUUGUACAAGGGGCCUGUCAUGAACAUGUUUGGAACGAGCUCAGCCCACUCAGGAACUGGUUCUUCUUCAGCAUCUACUUCUGGUGAUCAUAAAUGGGUUGCUGGAACCCUGAUGGUCAUGGCCAGUUGUGUUGGUUGGUCUGCCUUCUUCAUAUUACAAUCGUUCACUCUAAGAGAUUACCCAGCAGAGCUCUCUCUCACUACUUUGAUAUGCUUCAUGGGAAUGAUUGAAGGUGGAGCAGUAGCACUUGUAAUGGAGCAUCAUCCUAGUGAAUGGGCCUUGGGCAUGGAUUCAAGGACCGUUGCUCCAAUUUAUUCCGGAGUGGUUUGCUCAGCGCUCGCGUACUACUUACAAUCAGUGGUAAUAAAGGAAAGAGGACCGGUUUUUGUCACUUCCUUCAAUCCUCUAUGUAUGAUCAUAGUUGCAGCUCUGGGUUCUUUGAUUCUAGCUGAACAAAUUCACCUUGGAAGUGUUAUUGGUGCGAUAAUUAUCGUUAUCGGCUUGUAUUCUGUUAUAUGGGGCAAAAGCAAAGAUUACAAUCCCUCGCCAUUAUCUUUGGAUAGCAAUGGAAAAGGAGAUGACCUUGAAUUGCCAAUUUCCACAACCAAUGGAACCAAAACCACUGCUGCAACGACCAUUGUUGACGACACUGACUAUGGAGUUCAGCUUCCUAAAUCACAGAAAUAGAAAUCCUCAUUCCCCCAUGGUGUAUAAUGUAUUUUGAGUAUGUAUCUAUAUAUGUGUGCGCAUAUAUGCCUUUGAUGCACACAGAGAAGGAUUUAAUUCCGAAGCUCGUUGUACGUAUUUUGUAAGGAAUUAUUUCCAAAUUAAUGUAUGCAGUGCAGUUUACCUCUCAACUUAAUUAACUAGAGUUCCUUCUUGUCUA